UGACUGGGGAACUAUCCAAUCAGAGUCCGGGCAGGGGGCGUGUCUAAAAUUCCAUCCAAUCAGAGCACGGGUGGGCGGUGCUGGCAGUCUGGAGAACUGUCUAGGGCUGGAAACCUUGUGGGUGCACAUGUUUUCGUGAAACUGGGUUUGUGUGUGUGUGUGUGUGUUUAACUCCUCUCUCUCUCUUUCCCUUUUUCUUUACUUUUUUUUUUUUAAAUCUCGAGUUCACUCUCACCUCAAGGUUCUCAGGCAGGUUCUCCCGGAGGACGCUGCACAACCACAACCGGGAGACUGAAGGGAAUAUGAUGAUGCUAUGGCUACAGUUUUGGAAUUCAAAACUAGCAAGACUCUAUAUUGACACUAAAGGCACUGAACCAUCCCGAUGACACGUGAUAGAAUCUCUCGUCCCCUGCCACAAUAUACUGAUGCUGUGUUUCCAGCCUUUUGCAGCUUAACAACAACAGGCAAGCAAUCUGAAACGGCUUCUACUCCAUAACAUGCCUUUGGAAGUUCAAACAAAUAUCUCAAUAGAAGCAAAACAGAGAUUCUUAUCAUUUUACCCUAUGAUCCUGAAACACCUCUGCAUGAUCUAGAACUGUAGGUGAAACUAUUUGAUGGAUACUCUGAAAGUCAUGAAAAACUCGAACAUGGAAAAACCUUCAACAAAGUACAAAUCUUUCUGUGCAUGAGAGAUUCAUGGCUUGUUUUGUUUUAAAGACUUAGCAAAUGUCUCAGUCCACAAAAAUCAAUUUGAGGAAUGUGUGCAUAUCUGAAGCUGUGACUUGUCAUGUCAAGCACUCAUAUGGAAACAGGCUCCCUCUGUGCCAUCACCUUAUCUCUGGUCCUUUAUACAACACCCAGUGGUGAGAAACCUUAUGAAUGUCAGAAAUGUGGGGGUUUUAGUUGUUCCUCAGCCCUUCAAAUACAUAUUGGAAUGCACAGUGGAGUGAAACCCUAUGAAUGUCAGGAAUGUGGGAAAACUUUCACUUGUUCUUCACAUCUUCAAAGGCAUUUAAGAAUCCACACGGGAGAGAAACCUUAUAAAUGUCAGGAAUGUGGGAAAGCUUUUAGUCGUUCUUCAUCUCUUCAAGAACAUGUGAGAAUCCACACUGGAGAGAGACCCUAUAAGUGUCAAGAGUGUGAUAAAUCUUUUAGUUGUUCUUCACACCUUCAAGUACACUUUCGAAUGCACACGGGCGAGAAACCCUAUAGAUGUCAGGAAUGUGGGAAAGUUUUCAGUCGUUCUUCACACCUUCAAGUACAUAUGAGAAAACAUACUGGUGAAAGACCCUACAAAUGUCAAGAAUGUGGGAAAGGAUUUAGUUCUUCCUCAUCCCUUCAAGAACAUGUACGAAGGCAUACUGGAGAGAAACCCUAUAAGUGUCAGGAAUGUGGCAAAGCUUUCAUUUGUUCCUCAUCCCUUCAAGCACAUGUGAGAAUCCACACUGGAGAGAGACCCUAUGAAUGUCAUGAAUGUGGAAAAUCUUUUACUUGUUCAUCAUCCCUUCAAACACAUUUGAGAAUCCACACUGGUGAGAAACCCUAUGAAUGUCAAGAGUGUGGAAAAGCUUUCAGUUGUUCUUCACAUCUUCAAAGACAUGUAAGAAGGCAUACUGGAGAGAAACCCUAUGAAUGCCAUGAAUGUGGGAAAGCUUUCAGUUGUUCUUCACAUCUUCAAGUACAUGUGAGAGUACACACUGGAGAGAAGCCCUAUGGAUGUCAGGAAUGUGGUAGAUCAUUUAGUUGUUCUUCAUCACUUCAAGAACACGCGAGAAUCCAUACAGGGGAGAAACCCUAUGAAUGUCAAGAGUGUGGGAAAGCAUUCAGUCGCUCCUCAUCUCUUCAAAUACAUGUGAGAAGGCAUACUGGAGAGAAACCUUAUGAAUGUCAGGAAUGUGGGAAAGCUUUUAAUUGUUCCUCAUCUCUUCAAGAACAUGUGAGAGUACACACUGGAGAAAAACCCUAUGAAUGUCAAGAAUGUGGUAAAGCAUUCAGUUCUUCCUCAUCUCUUCAAGUUCAUGUGAGAGUGCACACUGGGGAGAAACCUUAUGAAUGUCAGGAAUGUGGGAAAGCAUUAAGUUGUUCUUCAUCGUUUCAAGUACAUUUGAGAUUACACACUGGAGAGAAACCCUAUGAAUGUCAAGAAUGUGGGACAGCUUUCAGUUGUUCUUCAAAUCUUCAAAGACAUGUGAGAAUCCAUACUGGAGAAAAACCCUAUGAAUUCAAGAAUGUGGUAAAGUUUUCUGUUGUUCCUCAUCUCUUUGAAGGCAUGUAAUAAUCUACUGUAGAAUGAAACUAUUAAUGAUAAGAAUAUGGGAAAGCUUUCAAACGUGUUCAUCCAUUCGAAGAGGAGAAUAUCACUAAAGAGAAAACUCAUGAAUGCCUAUAAUGUGGAAAAGUUUUCAACCAAUACAGGCAUUCAGAUAUAUGCAUGAAAAUAUGCAGUAGAGAGAAAUGAGUGACUAUAAGGAAUAUGAGCAAAAUAAUAUAUAUAUUCCUCAUCCCUUCAAACAUCAUACUAGAAUACUCUCUGGAUAGGUUUCUAUGUGAUACCUUUCAAUGUCAGUACCAUAGGAAAACCUUUGCUUUUCACUUCUCCUUUUGAGCACACAUAAGAACAUAAUAGAGAGAAAUCUUGUAAAUGAACACAAUGUAGAGAAGCCUACAUUUGGACAUGGUUGCCAAAAUAUCAAAACCUGAUUGAGCAAAAGUCAAAACAAACAUUUAUUUGUAGAUUUAUCUAAUGUCAGCGCAGUAGACACAGUCCUGACAAACUUAGGGUUUUCUGAAAUACCUGGGAACAGGUAGAGUUUAUAUCCACACAAAGCACUGUAGAGUACUUAGAGUACUUUUAUGCACAUUGGAGAAAAUAUUAUCCACAAAUUGUUGUAGUGACCAAGCAAGUUAAUUGAAGUUUUUGUAGUGGAUGGUGAAAGUUUCAUACUCUGGACAGUGUAUUAUUUGACCCAGGAAAGGUCAAAUGGAAUGUUUUCAAUUCUUUCCCAGACAUGGACUUGUGAGGGUCAAGUCUGGGUUUCAACAUUCAGUAGCCUCCUAACUGUUUCAGUUACUCUGACUCAAAUGUCUCCAUAUUUGUUUAUUAUUUUGUGUUGUUCUACACAUAAAAUCUUUUGAGCAUGAAUGUCAUCACUGUAGGAAAGCAUAUUGCUAUGGUAUAUCCCACCAGUUAUGCUACCUCUACCCCCCAUACCUUUUUUUAUACUCGUCACUUUGUCUCCCUGAACCAACUUUUAUAUCCUUAUUUAAUGUGAUACAAGGUCUUGUAUCUGUUGACAAUGUUUACUGGUUCUCUGUUUUGUGUGUUUAGCAAAAUAUAUGUACAUGUGUAUAUAUGUAUAUAUAUAUAUAUAUGUAUAUACGUGAAAUUACCAAAUACUUUUUUCCUUAUUUAUUUUUUUAUCGUUAUUAUAAAUUUAUUAAGAAAAUGUUUACAUAUAAGGUUGUUACCAUUGUUUGAUUUAUUUUCCAUCUCAUCUCCCCCUCAUCUUUUUCCAUUUUUUCAUUGAGUGACAAAAAUCUGUUUUCUUUAUAACAGAGUAAUAUCUCAUUCUGUAGAUAUACCAGCUUUAGUUCCCUAGUCAUCUGUUGUUGAACAUUUUAGGAACUGGGAAGAAACACAGUGUUGGUGCUUCAGGACUGCAUGCAGGUUCGUUCCCAAGCACCACCAUAUAUCACACUGAACAAUAUUCUGGUCUCUGUUUCAUGACAGUAAAUAAAUCUUGACAGUAAAUACUGCAAUAAACAUUGGUGUUAAAAUUUAA